AGCCAACCUGAGCCAAUGAAGCGGCGGGCCAAAGAAGUUGAAAGAAGUCGGGGCGAAAGUGGGCAGAAGUUUCCUCGGGCCGCCCAGGAGCGCUGCCUCUCCGCCGGGCAGCAGGUGGAGGCUGGCUCUCCCUCGUCCCUCUCCAUGCGUGGCCUCUGGGGAAAGGAAGGGGCGCCCUGGGGAGCGGCCAGGCUGGGCCUCCUCUGGGCGGCGGUGCUCCUGCUCCUCGAGCUCUGCCCCGGAGGCGCCCGAGGACACUGGAGGGACUGCUUUUGCAGGUGGCUAGGCAUUGUUUCCUUUGGUGUCCCAGAGAAACUGGGUUGCACCAGCCUGCCUCUGAAUGGCCGCCAGAAAGACCUAUGCAAGAAGAAACCAUACCUCUUGCCCACCAUCCGGGAAGGAGCCCGACUAGGCAUACAGGAAUGCCAGAGUCAAUUCAAACAUGAGCGGUGGAACUGCGUCUUCUCCCCAGAGUCAACUAGUUCGCUUUCUACCAACCCUUCAGCCAUCACGGGAGAGCCUCGUUCCCCCAUCUUUGGCUAUGAGCUGAGCAGUGGUACCAAAGAAACCGCAUUUAUCUAUGCAGUGACUGCAGCUGGCCUGGUGCACUCAGUGACUCAGUCUUGCAGUGCAGGGAAUAUUACAGAAUGCUCCUGUGACCCCAAGCUGCAGAGUGGUGGCUCUGCCAGUGAGGGGUGGCACUGGGGUGGUUGCUCAGAUGACAUCCACUAUGGUAUGUGGUUGAGUAGAAAGUUCUUAGAUGGUCCCACUGCAAACAUCACUGGAAAAGCUGGGCGUGGAUUGAUAGCAAUGAACCUACACAAUAACGAAGCAGGAAGACUGGCUGUAGCAAAACUGAUGUCAGUGGAUUGUCGUUGUCAUGGAGUAUCUGGCUCAUGUGCCCUGAAAACAUGCUGGAAGACAAUGUCGUCCUUUACAAAGGUUGGCAGUUUUCUAAAAGAGAAGUAUGAAAACAGUGUCCAGAUUUCAGAUAAACUGAAAAAGAAGAUACGCAGGAAAGAAAAAAGCCAGCGGAAGAUCCCCAUCCACAAAGAAGAUCUGUUGUAUGUCUACAAGUCACCCAACUACUGUGUAGAAGAUCGUAAGCUGGGAAUACCUGGAACCCAAGGCAGGGUGUGCAAUCGUACUUCAGAAGGACCAGAUGGCUGCAACCUCCUCUGCUGUGGCCGUGGAUACAAUACGCAUGUCGUCAGACAUGUGGAAAGAUGCGAGUGCAAGUUUAUCUGGUGUUGCUACGUCCGUUGCCGAAGAUGUGAGACCUUGACUGAUGUUCACACUUGCAAAUGAAACUUCCUGCUCCAAAAAUAAAUGACAAAACACCCUCUGUAGUACUCUUCCUAGGAGUACACUGGAGCAAUGUGCCAAGACAAAGAUUGGUUCCUAUGGAGAGGGCAAUCUUGAUCACAAGUGGAGAUCUGGAUUGCUUGAGGACAUUGUGUCAUGAGAUGAUAUCUUUAAAUAACUCUGUCUAGCAUGGCUGGAGAUUGUCAUUGUUUAGAUAAGUUGCCUUAAUCAACACAAUGGCAGAGCAAAGCUGGAAAGGCCUGGUGUAGUAGUUCAGAUGCUGAAAUGAUGCACCAUAUGAAAUUCAUCACUCUUCUAUAUUUAGGAGACUCUGUUUAGGGAGACCUAUGUAAGCAAAACACUGCCAGUGGGUUUACAGCUAUUUGACCAGCAGCUGGAAUUUGGAGGGGAAAAAAACUAAGCUUGGCAGCACACCUCAGCUAUGGUUAAAGAAGGAAAGGCAUGGAUAAUUCCAAUGGACAUUUUAAUGUGGGAAUUAUAAGUCAUUUAACAAAAUUGUGUUGGAAUACAUAUAAGUUAAAGCAAAUGGUCUACAGCUAGAGUGAGUGAAGUGUGCUUCUUCAAAUGUUGAGCUGGAGCUCUUAGAAACUCUAGCCAGCCUAGACAAUGAUGUGGAAGACUGGAAGUUAAAGAGAUAAAGGGCUAAACUUUGGGUGUAUAUGAUGUAUAGUUUAGUAUUGUCUUCUUUCUUCCAUGUACCCCUGUUCCAGUUUUCUCUAAGAGUUCAUUUUGGACAGGGAUGAAAUGUUUGGCCCUCCAGAUACUUUGGUCUGCAACUUCCUUUGCAGCAGCAUGUCCAGUGGUAAAGAAAUGUGGGAGCUGACAAUCUGGAGCACAAAAUAUUCCACAUGCCUCAUUUAGGACAAAGAUGGACCUGUAUGCCAUAGUAUCCUUCAGAGCAAUCAUUACCUGAGACAAGCACAUUUUUUCCUAUGGAGGUGUGCUGAUUUUAUUUAUUUUAUUUUAUGAUUUUGUCAUGUUCAACUGACAAUGUCUCCAUAUUCUUUAUUUUUAAGAAUAAAUAUGCUAUUGCUAAUA